AUGGCGAAAACGAGGCCAGGCAGAAAGGACUUGGACUCGUACACCAUAAGAGGAACCAACAAGAUCGUCAGAGCUGGGGAUUGUGUUCUGAUGCGGCCUUCCGACACGUCGAAACCCCCUUAUGUGGCGCGUGUGGAGAAGAUCGAGCAGGACAACAGGAACAACGUGAAGGUGCGUGUGAGGUGGUACUACAGACCCGAAGAGUCCAUUGGGGGUCGUAGACAGUUCCAUGGAGCCAAAGAGCUUUUUCUCUCCGACCACUAUGAUGUGCAGAGUGCGCACACCAUUGAAGGCAAGUGCGUAGUGCACUCUUUCAAGAACUACACUAAGCUUGAGAAUGUGGGUGCUGAAGAUUACUAUUGUAGAUUUGAGUACAAGGCCGCAACUGGGGCUUUCACUCCUGAUCGUGUUGCUGUGUAUUGCAAGUGUGAGAUGCCAUAUAAUCCGGAUGACCUUAUGGUACAAUGUGAAGGGUGCAAGGAUUGGUAUCAUCCUGCUUGUGUGGGCAUGACUAUUGAAGAAGCAAAGAAACUAGAUCAUUUUGUAUGUUCCGAAUGUUCAUCUGAUGAUGAUAUAAAAAAACCGCAAGCUACAUUUUCUGCAUCACCAGGAGCUGAUGGCAAGGUGGAGCCGAAGCGACGGAAGAGAUGA